AUGGUGCUACCAUGGGUCUUCCAGUCUUGUCAAUUUCCCCCCCUCCCCAUAUCGACUCCAUUUGUUGUUGUGGAGUUUGAUACCUUUCAGAAUUGGCAAUGGGACCCACUCGAUAUCACACCAACAACUCAUUUAUGUAUCGAUAUCAGCUCUAUUACAUCUAAUGUUAUUGCAGUAUGGUACAAUAACAUAACAUACGAGAAAGAGAAUGAAGCUUGGAUUAGUUAUAAUUCUAGUUCGAAAAAUUUGAAUGUUGUUUUCACCGGAUACAAAGAUAAUAACAUAAUUGAAACUAGUCUUAGUUUUUCGAUUGACUUGAGGGAGCACUUACCAGAAUGGGUUACAAUAGGCUUCUCAGCUAGAACAGGAGAUUUGUAUGAGAGUCAUAUUGUUAUAUCAUGGUCGUUCAAUUCGAGUUUGCAAAUUGAUGUGCCAGCUAGUCCUAGUCCAAGUCCAAGUUUAAGUUCUAUUCUCAUUCCAAGCCCCAAUGCUACCUCUAGCCUAAGAAUGAAGGGUGGAAACAACAAAAAUGCUUUGGUUGUAGGGUUGACUGUUGGAUCAGCUACUUUGGCUGGUGGGUUAGCUUUGUUUGGCUUUGUCAAGUAG